GGCGGAAGAUGGCGCGGUGCGGGGCCGGGCUGUGCUGCUGCUGCUGCUGCGGCGAGCGGGAGAGCCGCACCCCCGAGGAGCUGACGAUCCUAGGAGAAACUCAUGAAGAGGAGGAUGAGAUCCUUCCACGCAAAGACUAUGAGAGCUUGGAUUAUGAUCGCUGUAUCAAUGACCCAUACUUGGAAAUUUUGGAAAGUAUGGACAACAAGAAAGCCCAGAGAUAUGAAGCAGUGAAGUGGGUGCUGGUUUUUGCUAUUGGAGUCUGUACAGGACUGGUGGGCCUCUUUGUAGAUUUCUUCGUGCGGCUCUUUACCCAGCUCAAGUUUCAGGUGGUACAAAGCUCUGUGGAGGAAUGCACUGAGAAAGGCUGCCUGGCACUGUCCUUGUUGGAGCUGCUGGGGUUCAACCUGACCUUUGUUUUUCUUGCCAGUCUUCUGGUCCUGAUCCAACCUAUAGCAGCUGGGUCAGGAAUUCCUGAAAUUAAGUGCUACCUCAAUGGAGUGAAGGUUCCAGGGGUUGUGCGUCUGCGGACUGUGGUGUGCAAAGCUACGGGAGUGCUCUUCAGUGUGGCAGGAGGUCUUUUUGUCGGGAAGGAGGGUCCAAUGAUUCACAGUGGUGCUGUUGUGGGUGCGGGCUUGCCACAGUUCCAGAGCAUCUCUUUGAGGAAGAUCCAAUUUAACUUUCCCUAUUUCUGCAGUGACAGGGAUAAAAGGGAUUUUGUAUCUGCUGGAGCAGCUGCAGGGGUUGCAGCUGCCUUUGGAGCCCCAAUUGGAGGCACUCUUUUUAGUUUGGAAGAAGGUUCCUCCUUCUGGAACCAAGGACUUACAUGGAAAGUGCUUUUCUGUUCCAUGGCUGCCACUUUCACCUUGAAUUUUUUCCGCUCUGGGAUUCAGUUUGGAAGCUGGGGGUCUUUCCAGCUCCCUGGGCUGCUGAACUUUGGGGAGUUUAAGUGCUCUGAGUCUGAUAAGAAAUGCCACCUCUGGACAGCUGUGGACCUGGGCUUCUUCAUUCUGAUGGGAAUUGUAGGAGGCCUUCUUGGAGCCACCUUUAACUGCCUGAACAAGAGGCUUGCCAAGUAUCGCAUGCGCAAUGUGCAUCCCAAGCCAAAGCUGGUCAGAGUCUUGGAGAGCUUGCUUGUGUCAUUGACCACCACUGUCGUGGUCUUCAUAGCCUCCAUGGUUCUGGGGGAAUGCCGGCCAAUAUCUUCCAGCAGGCACAGUGGCAAUGACACCCUGAGCCUGCAGGAUAUAUCAGAGGAUGUAAAUUCAAGCAUCAAAACUUUUUUUUGCCCAAAUGAAACGUACAAUGACAUGGCCACGCUCUUCUUCAACCCUCAGGAGUCAGCUAUCCUGCAGCUCUUCCACCAGGACGGUACUUUCAGCCCAGUCACCCUAUCCCUGUUCUUCCUUCUCUAUUUCUUACUCUCCUGCUGGACAUAUGGGAUCUCUGUGCCCAGUGGUCUGUUUGUACCAUCACUGCUUUGUGGGGCUGCCUUCGGACGCCUGGUCGCCAACCUCCUCAAAAGUUACAUUGGUCUGGAUCACAUCUACUCAGGAACCUUUGCACUGAUUGGGGCAGCAGCAUUCCUGGGAGGAGUGGUCCGCAUGACCAUCAGCCUGACCGUCAUCCUCAUUGAGUCCACCAAUGAGAUCACCUAUGGGCUCCCCAUAAUGAUCACCCUCAUGGUAGCCAAGUGGACAGGAGACUUUUUCAACAAAGGCAUCUAUGACAUCCAUGUGAACUUGCGAGGAGUGCCUCUUCUGGAGUGGGAAACCGGGGUGGAAAUGGAUAAACUACAAGCCAGUGACAUCAUGGAACCCAACUUGACAUACGUGUACCCACACACUCGGAUCCAGUCCCUUGUUAGCAUCCUGCGCACGACUGUUCAUCAUGCCUUCCCUGUGGUGACAGAGAACCGGGGCAACGAGAGGGAGUUCAUGAAGGGAAAUCAACUGAUAAGUAACAACAUCAAAUUCAAGAAGUCCAGCAUCCUCACUCGAGCUGGAGAGCAGCGCAAGCGUAGCCAGUCCAUGAAGUCCUACCCUUCGAGUGAGUUGCGUAACAUGUGUGACGAGCACAUAGCAACAGAGGAGCCUCCUGAAAAAGAGGAUCUGUUGCAACAGAUGCUGGAGAGAAGAUACACUCCUUACCCCAACCUGUACCCUGACCAGUCUCCCAGUGAGGAGUGGACCAUGGAGGAACGCUUCAGACCCUUGACCUUCCAUGGCCUGAUCUUGCGCUCACAGCUGGUCACCCUUCUUGACCGGGGGGUUUGCUACUCUGAGAGCCAGUCGAGUGCAAGUCAGCCUCGUCUGUCCUAUGCAGAGAUGUCAGAGGAUUAUCCCCGCUAUCCAGAUAUCCAUGAUCUGGACCUCACAUUGCUGAACCCUCGUAUGAUAGUGGAUGUCACCCCAUACAUGAACCCAUCACCCUUUACUGUCUCUCCAAAUACUCAUGUGUCACAAGUCUUCAACCUGUUCAGGACAAUGGGACUCAGGCAUUUACCGGUUGUGAAUGCAGUUGGAGAGGUUGUUGGGAUAAUCACUCGGCACAACCUGACCCAUGAAUUCCUGCAGGCAAGACUGAGACAGCACUAUCAGACCAUUUGAUGCCCCUGCCCCUCUGUCAGUGUGGCUUCCUCCCUCCUCCAGCCGGCACACAUGCUCGCAUUCUGCUUGGACCGCACAAGGCCCAAGACCUCCCGUUUGGCUUCUCACGUGCAUAUCAAGCCUGGGCAACUGGAAAACAUUUUGCUAGCCAGAGAAUUAGAGGAGCUGCCUGAGCCCAGAGCUGUUGAUUGGCCUCAGGCACUUGGUUUGACAACUCUUGAUCCGGGUGUUUUCUUCCCCUGUCCCCCAGUUAUCUCCUUCCAUCAGAUGUUGUCCUGACACUGCGUGUUCUGCCAUUUUAUUUUGGGGUUUUGUGAAGAGUUGGAAAAAAGAACCAUUUCCCUCCGCUGUGUCCUGGGCAAAGAACAGCAGUAUCUUUCCCUUCCUCCUGUGUGACUCCCUUUUCUUCUUCCUCCCUUGUUCCUGCAACUGUUGCCUUAUUUGUGUGAGGAGAGAGUUAUAGUCACCGCUAAGAGGAGAUACUGAAGUUUGCAGAUAUCAAAUAGCUGCUCUCAAGGAUGGUUUCUUGAAGAAACAGUAUUAAAAAAUCCAGCGUUUUGGAAAUAUACCUGUCUUUGCACAUGUUCCCCUUUGGCCAUAUUUUUUCACUUUGGCUUCAUUUGUUCUUAAUUUCUCUCCUUCUUUCAUGGGGAAAUGUUUCUGCUGUGAUGAUUUUGACAGCAGAUGACUUUUGAGAGCAGCUCAGCAGAUUUGGAGUUCAAAAUGGUUACAUUUCAGUUACUGUUUGGGUUUAUAGAUAUUUAAUACAUUUGCAAACAUCUCAGAAAAAGGAGAUCUCUUCCCUGUUAGCUGUUUCUAUUAUCUCCCUGUAAGAGAUUCUUCUAAGAUGCUUGGUGGCACUCCACUUGACAUUGCUGCAUUUCUUGGCAUUUUUAGGCACUUUGUCCCUGCACUGCUCAAACAGUGGGAGCCUGGGGCACCGUUCCAACUGGAGUCAGAGACCAGGGAACUCCACAUCCUGAGAGCAUGGAGAAGUGUUGCUUUCUGGAAGCAAAUAGAGCUGAUGAUCUCUGGGCUUGGUUGAAUUAUCUCUGUGUUGUGAGAUGAGUUGCUUUAGUUUCAGGCUGCUGUAAGGAGGGAUACUUGGUGCUGGUGACUAAAGCAGGAUCUCCUGCAGGUUAUAAGCGGCCCUGUCUGUGCUCUAAAAAUGUUUGGGAUAAUGUUUGCAACUGCAACAAUCUGUAAGGGUAAAAUCAGCACUUAGGAGCCAGUUGCAGCCAGUUCAGUGCUUUAGCAGGUACCAUCCUGGCCAGCACCUGUAUUGUUCCAGCAGGCACCUGCCCUCCUGAGUUCUCUGUGCAGAUAACCCUCAGUGGGAAGCCAGUGCUGUGCCUCAGGGACUGCAGAGCUGAUUGGCUUGAUAAAGCACAGAGCAUUCUCUCAGCCAAGAUACUGGGACAAGUUACAUGGGGAAUGUAUUCCAGAAAGGCUUCUACACAGCCUCUGAGCCCUCCAGUUAACCUGUUGUCUGCCAUAAGGAGCUGGCUGGGUGGGAACUGGGACAGAAGGCUGACUUUGUUGAUUUUCUGUAUUUCCUUAGAGCCCAGGAGUUGGCAUCAGUUUCUACUCUUGAUUUGCGAGUUCUUUCCCUGUAAGUAGAGUAAGGAUGUUCUGUCUGGAUAGUCUCUGCAGGUGUUGCCUGAAAUGCCUGUGUCCCCUGAGCUCUAGUCUUACACUGAGCUGUCCCAGGAAGCUUCCAGCACCCAUUUGCACUCCCUGAAGCUGGACUGUAGGUUUGAAAUAUGCUCAUGUUAGGCUACUUUUCAUUCAAAGGAUUUGUGCUCCUGGGUAGUUACGAAUCACAGGAAUCCUGGUUUUGUGGGAUUUCAGAUCACUUAGAUGGAAUUGGCAAUCCUGUACUGUUAGAACACCUGUCAAGAAUGUCCUGUGUCUCCCCAUGACAAAUGUUUCUCCUCUUGAUCAUGUUGAGUGUGUGUGGAAGGGAAGGUUCCUUCUCUUCCUGCACAUGAAUAAGGCUCCUUAGGUUGUUUGCCUUGAGCUGGUCCCAUUUUAUUUCUGUACACUAACAGCAGGGUAUUCUGCUGCUUUAAAGGGAAAUCUCAGUGUGCAGUUACUGUUCUGUAGCCUGCAGAAAAGGAAUCAAGUUCACCUGACAUUUGGAGAUGCAGCAUUUCCCUUCAGAUGAGGACUGAUGCCAAGGGGUUUGUGUUGAAUCAGUCUUCUCACACUUCAGUUACUUAAUUCCUUUCUUACAACACACUUACUGCUUCUACCCUGGCUCUAGUUGCUAAGUGAUUUACUAAGAAAUUUAUUCUAACAUAGGUGCCAGGAACAUUUUAACAGAGCAACACUAAGGGAAAAAUAACCCAGAACUGGGUUAGUUCUGAUGGCAAGGUUAGGGGGUUAGUCUGGGGCCUUCCUCCUUGCCUUGUGGCUUCCUGUGCAGUGUUAAUUAUGCAGUUUUGAAUUAAUUACUGUGAACCAUUCCAAUGGUAGCAACUUACCUUUCCAUUUGGUUUUUUUUUUGCACUGUUUUUUUUUGUUAUGAAAUGAUGUAAGCUAAUACCAUGGUGUGUGUAUAUAAAUUGUAUUUUUUUUACAUUUGUAUGAAUAUAUUUUUAUUUGAACUAUGGCACUUGGGAAGUAUUCAUGUAGCUGUAACAUGUCUGAGAGUAAAAUGUUUGUGUGUCUCCUUCA